AUGGGAAAGUCAUCAAAGGACAAAAGAGACAUUUAUUACAGAUUGGCGAAGGAGCAAGGAUGGAGAGCUAGGAGUGCUUUCAAGCUUUUGCAAAUCGAUGAAGAAUUUAAUAUCUUUGAAGCGGUGGAUUUGUGUGCGGCACCUGGGAGUUGGUCACAAGUGCUGAAGAAGAAACUAGACAGUUCUAAUGGUGAAACGCCGCCAAAAAUUGUAGCCGUGGAUUUGCAGGCGAUGGCACCUCUCGAGGGCGUCAUUCACAUUCAAGGAGAUAUAACCAAACUGUCAACCGCAGAACAAAUCAUUUCUUAUUUCGAGGGAGAGCUGGCGGACCUUGUAGUCUGUGAUGGCGCACCUGACGUAACGGGGCUUCAUGACAUGGAUGAAUACAUUCAAGCCCAACUAUUAUUGUCGGCGUUGAAUAUCAUGACGAAUAUCUUGCGUCCUGGGGGAACUUUUAUUGCAAAGAUUUUCCGCGGCAAAGAUGUUACUUUGUUGUACGCUCAACUGAAGAUAUUCUUUCCCAAUGUCACUUGCAGUAAACCUAAAAGUUCAAGGAAUUCCAGUAUCGGUUGGUGA